AGCGCCGCGGGUAGCGCACUCCACUAAAUCCCCGCGAAGAGUAAAGUUUGGCGGAGGGAGACACUUUUCCUCUUCCGGGACGGGGGUCUUUUUGUAUUGAGCGGCGGAGACCCGCGUCCCGCAGGCCGAGGUGCUGGACUGGGUCCCGGCGGCCCCGCCUGCCCGCCCCGCCUCCCUCUUGGGUCUCUGCCCUGCGCGCGGUUGCUGUGGCAGCGCCCGACGCAGCCGGAGCCGUGGCUGCUGCGGCCUCCACUUCCUCCUCAAAGGCCUCCCCAGACCCCUGGCUCCGGCUCAGCUAGCGUCUCCGCCAUGCCCCGGGGGAGGCGCGGAGGCCGCGUGAGCGCCCUGGAGGGCGGCCCGGAGGAAGAAGCGCCCCCGGCGGCGGCCGCUGUGCCCUCGGCGCUGUGGGUGUCCGGGCUACAGCCGGAGGCGGCGGCCGGGCAGACUCUGCUGCGGGGCAUCUUCGAGAUCGGGAGGAGCAGCUGCGACGUGGUGCUGAGCGAGCUGGCCCUGAGGUGGUGGCCCAUCCAACCCGAGCGACCCGCGGGUGACUCGAAAUAUGAUCAAUGUAAAGAAGAAUUUAUUGAAGUCAAGGACAUAUUCUCUGUCAAACUGAAAAGACGUUAUUCUGCUAAGCAGCAGGGAAAUGGUACUUUACUAGGUAUCACUCUCUUCAUUUGCUUGAAAAAGGAACAAAAUAAACUAAAAGAUUCUACACUUGAUCUUAUUAAUUUAAGUGAAGACCACUGUGAUGUAUGGUUUAAACAAUUCAAGAAAAUUUUGGCAGGUUUUUCAAAUAGACCAAAGUCAUUAAAAGUAAUUCUCAACCCCCAGAGCCACAAAAAAGAAGCUACCCAGGUCUAUUAUGAGAAGGUUGAACCACUAUUGAGGAUUGCAGGAAUAAAGACUGAUGUUACAAUAACAGAGUACGAAGGGCACGCUCUGGCACUGCUGAAGGAUUGUGAACUCCAGGAAUUUGAUGGUGUCGUCUGUGUUGGUGGCGAUGGAUCUGCCAGUGAAGUUGCCCAUGCUUUGCUUCUCAGAGCCCAGAAGAAUGCUGGGAAGGAAACAGACUGCCUUCUCACCCCUGCCCGAGCACAGCUGCCACUCGGCUUAAUACCAGCAGCAGGCUCUACUAACGUACUCGCACAUUCUCUUCAUGGAAUCCCUCAUGUGGUAACUGCAACUUUGCACAUUAUAAUGGGGCACAUACAACCAGUUGAUGUCUGCACUUUUAGCACAACUGGCAAGCUUCUUCGCUUUGGGUUCUCCGCCAUGUUUGGUUUUGGUGGAAGAACUUUGGCCCUUGCAGAAAAAAAUCGAUGGAUGUCACCCAACCAACGAAGGGAUUUUGCGGUCAUGAAGGCACUGGCAAAACUCAAGCCUGAAGACUGUGAAAUAUCCUUUUUACCAUGUAUCAGCUCUCAUGAUUUACAAGAAUGGAAGGCAGAAGGAUCUCCCAAAUCUGACAGUAGUGAUCAGUGGCAGACCAUCCAGGGUCAGUUCUUGAAUGUCAGCAUUAUGGCAAUCCCUUGCCUGUGUUCGGUGGCACCUAGAGGCCUGGCACCUACUACCAGAUUAAAUAAUGGAAGCAUGGCUCUAAUUGUUGUACGAAACACUUCUCGACCAGAAUUUAUAAAGCACCUAAAAAGAUACGCCAGUGUUAAAAAUCAGUUCAACUUUCCAUUUGUUGAGACUUACACUGUUGGAGAAGUAAGAGUUCGUCAGAGAAACAAAAGUGGAUGUGAUCCGGAGGAGGAUGACGGACGGCAGGCAGCUGCUUCAGAACACAGUUUCCCUUGGAACAUAGAUGGUGACUUAGUGGAAGCCGAAUCAGAGGUUCUGGUCAAGGUGCCCUCAGAAAGAUACCCACCAGCUUUUUAUGGGAGACAGAAGAAAGGUCCAGGUGCACAUCUGGAAGUGUGACAAGGCUGAACGGAGCUUUCCCCGGGAAUCGUGGUUCAUUCUUCAUUAAAACAUGCAUAAUGCACGCUUGAAAUUUACAAAGCAGCCCAGAAUCCACAUAAUUUAAACAAAUCAAGGUACUGUGUACAUAGAGAAUCAUAACUUAAUAAGUGAAAAAGGAAGAAUAGAAAAAUGAUGGAUUUCGGCAGCAGGCUCUAUGUUUUCCCUAAGUGAACAAUAUCGUUUUAUUUUGCAAGAAAUUCUCCCCAUGUCUUAGGAUAAUGAAUGCUUUGAUAAGAUGAAUUAGGGCUUCAUGGCUAACAUGUUUUUAAUCAAAAUGCUAGAAUGAAAUAUAAUGCAAAUGGAGAUGUUACCUGUGUUGAGGUCCAGGAGUCAUUUAUUUGACAAAAAACAAGCCUGCAGCAAGUGGCCUACAAGCCUACAUGUGAAAUGGUGCCUUUUUGCUACUGACUUCAGAGAAAAAGAAAAUACUGGAAAAUUCUCAUUAACUAAGAUAUGUCAGUUAACUAACAUUUAAGGAGUCUGCCUUUGAAUAAAGGCGGACUCCUGGAGGUCCCAAGGAGUAGAGCAGGAGGCAGAAGGCAGUACUCCCUUGCUGUUGCAGAAGAGAGGCCCCUCGUUCAGCUUCAGGGAAUGAAUUACGAUUGCUCUACAAUAAUUCGUGGAUGAGCUUGCGACAAGGUCCUGUAAAUCAGAGUAAGAGGUCUGCUAAGGGGAUUCCCUUCCUCGAAGGCAGCCUCGAGGGGACACAGAAUUUUGCUUUUACCCCUUUUCUUUGGUUGGCAGCCUUGAUGCUGCUACAGUCUUGGGGGGACAGUAAGGGAAAGGCCAAGAAAACGGGGAGGAUAACCAUGCAUGCCCAGAUUUUGGUAGCUGCCUAUUAAGCCUACAGCCACCUCCUGCUUAUUAUGCAAAAACAAUUAAGCGCCUUUAUUAUUUAAGCUACAAUUCACCAAGUAUUGUCAACUGCAGUUACAAGCGGUCCUAACCCAAUGAACGCACUUGCUCAGGAAAAGCCUUCAUGGCUUACCCAGGAUGCAUGACUGCGGUAGAGAAGGGAAGCAGUGUCCUCUAGAUCAGUCAUGAAUAUGAAAGACUUGAUUUUAAACUGUCGACCUGAGGGCUAAUACCUGCUACUGUAUUUGUAAUCUGGAUAAAAAUCAUAUUUGCUCAUCUUCGUUUUGUCAGGCAAACUCAUACGAUCGGGGCUGACGGUCCCGAGAAUUUAGACCUCUGGUUAGAAGCCUCAAGUUAAUGAGCACGUGAGACAGGGUGCGCCUGCGCUGCCUGGCUUGCUGUGGGCACUCUGUUCGCAGAAACUCCUGCUCUUUGCUGUGGAAAUGCACUGACCCACAGCGGGUCUGCGCUCGGAGGCACCUCAAUGCCCUCUGUGCCAGAGGGGUUAUGGUGGGGAGAAUGGGCCGCAAGCAUGCUUACUAUUCCUGAGCAGGGAGAGAGGACC